CGGACCGCGGCGGGGACUGCGGGCAACAUGGCGGCGGCGGCGGCGGCGGGCGCGCUGGCUCUGGCCUUGGCCCUGGGCCUGGGCCUGGCCCGGGCCGAGCAGGUGCCGCUGCUGGCCUGGUCCAGCCGCAGCUCCCUGUGGCCCCCCCUGGCCGACAGCUACGAGGGGCACGUGGUGGCGGAGGGGCAGCUGCGGGCGCUGCUGGCCCCCGCCCUGGAGCGCGGCCCCCACAACGUCCUGCUCUUCCUGCAGGAGAAGCUCAGCGUCGAGGACUUCACGGCCUACGGGGGGGUCUACGGGAACAAGCCCGACAGCGCCUUCCCCAACCUCGAGGGGGCGCUGGGGGCGGCGCCGUCGUCGCUGGUGCUGCCGGCCGUGGCCGGGGGGGCGGCGGGGGCCCUGCCCCGAAUGCUGGCGCAGGCCCUGGGGGCCGCCCCACUGCGGGUGGACGGGGCCGCCCUGCGCCAGCUGCGCCUCAACGCCAGCCUGCCCGCCCUGCUGCUCGUGCGCCUGCCCCACACCGCCGGCUCCAGCCUCAUGGCUCCCAAGGAGGUGCUGACCAGUAACGACGAGAUCAUGGGGCAGGUGCUGAGCGCCCUGAAGGAGGAGGACGUGCCCUACACGGCGCUGCUCACCGCCCUGCGGCCCUCCCGCGUGCUGCGGGAGGCCGGGGGGCCGGCGGCGGCGGGGCCGGGCCGGCGGCUGCUGCAGCGGGAGGAGGCCGGGGGGGCGGCCGAGGUGCACGCGCCGCUGCGCUGGCCCCCCACCGGCACCCCCGACAUCCUGCUGUGGGCCGAGAACUUCACGGUGGCCUACGAGGGCCGCGAGCAGGACCUGACGGGGCGCACCUUCGGGCCGGGGGCCACCGUCGACCUGGGGGGCUCCUCCUGGAACGCCCAGGAGGCCAGGCUGGUGAUGAAAUAUGACGGUGUUUUUGGGGAGACGCUGACCAUCACGCUGGUGCUGCGCCAGGCGCUGUUCCCGGUGUCGGGGCGGCGCUGGGGGGGGCUGGCGGAGGUGGGGGUGGCGCUGGGGGGGGCGCCGGCGGGCACCUUCAACGCCUCGGGGGCGGCGGCGCCGGCCCCCCUGGGCUGGCGCUGCGGGCGCCUGGCGGCCCCCGGCCCCUUCCUGGUGCCCCGCAGCCCCCGCGACCCCGCCGCCCGCUGGCGCCUGCUCCUGCAGGGCCUCCAGGUGCAGGCGUUCAACGUGUCGGGGGCGGCGUUCGGGGCGGCGAGCGACUGCGCCGGGUUCUUCUCGCCGGGCGCCUGGAUGGGGCUGCUGGCGGGCGCCCUGCUGCUGGCGGCGCUGGCGCCCGGGCUGCACGGGCUGCUGGCGCUGCGCACCAUGGACCGCUUCGACGACCCCCGCGGGCCCGCCGUCGCCGUGCCCCAGGGCGACUAGCCCGCCCCACGGCGACCAGCCGCCCCACGGCGCCCGGAGCUGCCCCACGGCGCGCGCGAGCGCGCGCGGAGCCGCACCGCGGCGGCCGGAGCUGCGCCGCAGGGGACCCGGAGCUGCGCCGCGGGGACCCGGAGCCGCCCCAUGGGGACCCACAGCUGCCCCACAGCACCCAGAGCUGCCCCACAGCGCGCAGAGCUGCCCCACAGCACUCAGAGUUGCCCCACGGCACCCGGAGCUGCCCCACAGCGUGCGCGCAGGCACCUGGAGCCGCCCUGCCAUGCGGAUCCGGAGCUGCGCCGUGGCGGCCGGAGCUGCGCCGUGGGGACCCGGAGCCGCCCCAUGGGGACCCACAGCUGCCCCACAGCACCCAGAGCUGCCCCACGGCACCCGGAGCUGCCCCACAGCACCCGGAGCUGCCCCACAGCGCGCGAGCGGGCACCUGGAGCCGCCCUGCCACGCGGACCCGGAGCUGCGCCGUGGCGGCCGGAGCCUGCGCCGCGGGGACCCGGAGCCGCCCCAUGGGGACCCACAGCUGCCCCACAGCACCCAGAGCUGCCCCACGGCACCUGGAGCUGCCCCACGGCACCUGGAGUUGCCCCCACGGCGCCCGGAGCUGCCCCACAGGGAGUUGGAGCCGCCCCGCACGCACAUGGAGCUGCCCCACCACGCGGACCCGGAGCUGCGCCGCGGCGGCCGGAGCUGCGCCGCGGGGACCCGGAGCCGCCCCAUGGGGACCCACAGCUGCCCCACAGCACCCAGAGCUGCCCCACGGCACCUGGAGCUGCCCCACGGCGCCCGGAGCUGCCCCUGGCGCCCUGGAGCUGCCCCACGGGGACCCGGGGGCACUUCACAGCUGCCCUGUGGGCACCUCUGUUCCCUGUGGGGCGCCCCAUGGGGAUCCCCGUCCUGGGGCCCGUGCCAUAGGGACCGCCAUUCCCUGGGGGCUGCCCUCAUAGAGACCUCGAGGUGCCAUGGGGAGUUGUCUUUCCUGGGGGCUGCCCCAUAGGGGCCCUGAGGUGCCUGGGGGCUGCCCUGGGGGCACCUCUGUUUGCUGUGGGGUGCCCCGUGGGGAUCCCCAUCCUGGUGCCUGCCCCAUAGGGAUCUCCGUUCCUGGGGGGCUGCCCCAUAGGGAUCCCUCGGGGGGGUCUGAGCCACCCCUCCGCAUGGGGCCUGCCCCAGAGACCCCCCCGAUGCUGGGGGGCCGAACCCCCCCGCCGAGCCCUGUGGGGCUGCACUGCCCUCCCCUGCCCCACAGCCCCCCUGGCCCCUGCUCCCCUGGGACUGUGGGGCAGAGGAGUCCUGCCCCAUAGCGGUGGAGGGGACCCCCCCCGCCCCCUAUUUAUUGCCCCCCGUGUGUGUUGCUGGACAAUAAAGCCGCUGCUGCCCCC